GACCUCUGAGACCACGCAUAUCUCUCUAGGCUUUUUUUUUUUUUUUUUUGCGGUGGGGGAAGCGUUAACUGGAAUGCUUUUCCCUAGCGAAUGUUGAAGCCUAAGCGGAAAAUAAAAGGCGUACCUAGCCCAGUUUCCGGCGGACAAGAGAUUGCAGCGAACAACCAGGAAGCGGCUGGGCCAGGAGCUGUCUCCGAUUCUGUUCUCGGAUUUUUAAACGUGCCUGCCUGAGUCCCUACUGCGAUCCCUUCUUCCUACCGAAGGCUGCAGCCAAGGCCGAUUACGCCAGUGCUGCCAUGUCGUCGGACUUUGAAGGCUAUGAGCAGGACUUCGCCGUGCUCACUGCAGAGAUCACUAGCAAAAUUUCGAGGGUCCCUCGACUCCCACCUGAUGAGAAAAAACAAAUGGUUGCGAAUGUGGAGAAACAACUUGAAGAGGCAAAAGAACUGCUUGAACAGAUGGAUUUGGAAGUCCGAGAGAUACCACCUCAAAGUCGAGGAAUGUACAGCAACAGAAUGAGAAGCUACAAGCAAGAAAUGGGGAAACUGGAGACUGAUUUUAAAAGGUCACGGAUCGCCUACAGUGACGAAGUACGGAAUGAGCUCCUAGGGGAUGAUGGGAAUUCCUCAGAGAACCAGUUGAUAAAAUUACGUGAAGAGAGGGCACAUCUGCUCGAUAACACAGAGAGGCUGGAAAGGUCAUCUCGGAGACUAGAGGCUGGAUACCAAAUAGCAGUGGAAACCGAACAAAUUGGCCAAGAAAUGUUGGAAAACCUCAGUCAUGACAGAGAAAAGAUACAGCGAGCUCGUGAAAGACUUCGAGAAACAGACGCAAACUUGGGGAGAAGCUCCAGAAUUCUGACAGGGAUGUUACGAAGAAACCAAUGAAGCCCUGGCCCAACCCAAGGAGACAUUUGUGAGCUCAAGUCCACAGCACCCGGAAGAAAUCUGGCCCACAUCCUGCCUUCCCUGGGAGAGACAGGGAUGAUGCCCGGGAAGGAACGGGUGCUUUCCUUUGCUGGCUUGUACAUUUACUGUUCUACUUUUCUGAACCAAAAGAUAUGGCCAGUAUUCAAUUAUGUUCCAACACGGACAUACCCAUCUUAUGUUGUUGCCAUUCAUCCAGACUCAUUGAGGAGAUGCGAAAUCCUUGCAUUUUACAGAGAAAACUCACGUCAGACUCAUGUUUUAAGUUGUUAGCUUAGCUUCACAAUUGAUUUCUCUGCCCUGACUCUCAAUCUCUUCCAAUUCAGCCUCCAACCUCUUACCCCAUCCAUACAGAUGUAUCCAAUUAAAGUUAAAUCUGCCUUAAAAUUUUUAAAUAUUACUAUUUUGAUUUCCUGUAAAAAUACCAGCAUUCAAUGAUUGAGUGCCUCCCCAAACUCCCUGAAGUAAUGUGGGUCACACAAUAUACACACACCGUGUCCCCUUCUUAAAGUUCCACAGUCCGUAAUCUUGGAACACAUCUGGACCCAAGGUUUGGGGCAGAGAUGACGGAACUGCAGUGCCACUGACUAUGGGUUGGACAUAAAGGUUAAAUGAGGUGACACCAGAAAGGCACCUCGUGCAGGGCUCCUCUGUUGAUUGUUGUUAUCCCCUCACCACCGUCCUUUUCCAGCUUCCUGCCAGCAUAGACUCCCUGCUCUUCCCUGCCUCGUGCAUCUUGUGUUCCCUUGACCGUGAUGCUCCUAAGACUGGAGAUACAACAGGUAGAGCAUUCUUUCCGUGCUCCUGUGCCUUGCCCCGCACACUAACCAUCUGCACUGUCGCACUUCGGACAUGACCUCACGGUGGGCUUCAGUUUUGUUGUUGUUGCUGUUUAAAAAGCAAAACAAAAAAGAUAGAAAUGAUACCGGAUUUCAGAAAAACAGUAGGAAAUUAACACUAGUUAAUUAUUGCCUAUUGUUAUCUUAGAAGUAGUUGUUAAGGUUAUAAAAUCUGGGCACAAAAAUAAACAAUGACAGCACAAACUGUUCUUUCUGAUGAACUAACAGGUUGAUAGUAUAGUUAUCUGUCUUGUAUAUAAAUACAUACAUGCCUUUAUAUAUGGUUACCAGCAUACAUAAAACCUUUGCCUUUCUUCCUUUUCUCCUUUCCCUUGUCCCCGUUGUCCUUUCCCUUUCAUUAUUACAAUGUCUGUUGUACAUUUUGGAUCUUAUUAUUUUAGCCUUUUAUUUUUAUUAUUUUUUACACUAGGGAGACAAUACCAUAUUUAUAAAUGUGUGGUUGAUUUAUUUCACUUGUAAAUAUGGUCUCAAGUUGCCUCAAUUUACCUAUAAAAGCCUCAAGAUUAACCGUUUUAUAGCUGAGUAAUACUCCAUUAUAUAAAAAUGCUACAUCUUUUUAUCCAUUCUGUGGUUGAUGGACAUUUGGAUUGUUUCCAAGAUUUAGCUAUUACAAAUUGUGCUGCUAUAAACAUAGGUGCACAUAUUAUUGCUGUCGCUUGACUUUUUCAGUUUUUCUGGGAAAAUACCCAGAAGGGGAAUAGCUAGAUUGAAUGGCAUGUCCAAUCCUAGUUUUUUGAGGAAUCUCCACACUGAUUUCCAAAGUGGUUGUACCAGUCUACACUCCUACCAGCAGUGGAGAAGAUUUCUUCUUUCCCCACAGCCCUGCCAAUAUUUUAUAUCAGUUGAUUCUUGAUGGCAGCCAUUCUUUCUGGAGUGAGGUGGAAUCUCAAUGUUGUUUUAAUUUGCAUUUCUCGAAUGACCAGUGAUGUGGGAAGUACUUCAAAGAAUCAACAACUGGGAUCUCAUUUUAUUAAAAAGUUUUGUACUUCAAAAGUCACCAACAGAGUGAAGAGAAAACCCACAGAAUGGGAAAGAAUCUUAGCCAGCUGUCCCUCAGAUAAAGGAUUUUAUCUAGAACAUAAAAAGAAUUGAAAAACAUCAAGUCCCCCAAAAUCAAAGACCAACUCCAAAAAUGAGCAUCUGAGAUAAACACACACUUCUCAGAUGAAGAUAUACAAAUGGCAAAUGAAUACAUGAAGACAUGGGCUUCAGUCUUUAAAGCACGCAGAUAUUACAAAGUCUGCGUGACCUAUGUCCAUGUGUUUACUUGUGUACAUUUACAGUGCUUCUUUCUAUAUACUUUUGUGGCAUAGUUGAUUGUUUCUUCAUUUAACUAUUAGUGUUUAUGGAAAGAAUAAGGAAAUCUCUAACUUUAUCCUCUAGCAUAGUUGAUGAAAAUAUGUUUUUUUAUUGCUAAGUUUUAAAAUGUUCUUUUAUUAGUACAAGUCUGCCCAUAUCCACAGGAUAGAGGUUCCAGUACCCUCUGUAAACCCUAUGUAUACAAUGCUUUUUUCUAUGAUAGAAGUUUAAUUUAUAAAUUAGGCCAAGAGACUAACAACAUCUAAUAAUAAAACAGAACAGUUACAUUAAUAUACUGUUGCUGAGUGUGGUGGCGCAUGCCUAUAAUGUCAGCGCUUGGCAGUCUGAGAGAAGAGGAUUGCUGCAUGUUCCAGGCCAGCUGGCACUACCUAGUGAGUUGAAGAUCAGCCUGAAUUACAAAGCGAGACCCUGUAUCAAAAAAAAAAAAAAGAAAAGAAAAAGAAAUAAUAGUAAUAACAUAUUGUUAAGUAAACCAUUAAGUAAGAUAUGUGAAUUAUUUAUUUCUGAAUUUUAUCUAUUAUUUUGAAAUCAUGAUAUAACUGAAAUGACAGAUGAGGGAGAACUAAUCUAUCUUCAGUUUUUGAGAUUGUUGUCAGAUGAAAGUGUGUCUCACCGUUUCCCCUGUGAGUGCCAUAGGGUCAAGUGCUCUUUCUGCAAGCAAUUCUAUGUCUUUGUUGUCCUGGGCUGCCCACAGUCCUUCAGUAACAGAUGCUCUAACUGUGUGCAUAACACAACAGGCCCUCUGGCCCUGCAGCCCCAUGUCCCAGCACUAGGAGAUGUGACUGUUUCCAGCCCAACAUGGGAAUGACUGUGGUAUGUGAAUGUAUCCUGCCCCAUCCAAAGUCAGCUCUCCUUCGCUUCGUUUCCCCUUCACUGUAUCUCACAAGUGCUCACAGCCAAGCUGCUGCUACCAGUAAUGCCUUAGAACUGAUAGAUCUUAUUUUCCUGAGCUUUACCAAGUGAACGUGCCUCCAAAGCCAUUUCUGGGACCCAAGCAAGUGUGAGGCACUGACCCCAAAGGCCAGAAAGAGAUGAGAAACCACUCACUUUGUAGGAGAAUUGUGCAGGGUCGCUCAGAUGACAAGUGGCAGAGCUAGGUUUUGUGCCCAGUCUUUAAAGGUCGACCUCACAUCUAUCGAGUUGUACUAAUUCACUUCAUUCCAAAACCUUUUCCUUCCCUCUCUCCGCCUAGCACUGAGCACAUGGCCUCUGGUCAGCAUUUGCUACACGUGCACACACAAAACAGACAUCAAGACCUCAAAACAGGAUUCAUUAUGUUUCUGAGCACCUUUGAACCAAACUUAGGAUCCUGCAAUUUAACUUCGAUUUAAAAUAAAUUUAUUAUAAUACAGAAUUCCAGAUAAUUAUUCUAAGCAAAACUUACUGCCUGUACUCCACUCAUGUUCUAGAAAGUCUGUUGCUUCUCCUCAUCUAACUAGGAAUAUUUCUUUGACUGUUAAAUACAGUACAGUCCUCUUAGCUUUAUUCUGAGAGCCACCAUUCAGAAGUGGUGGGGCACUCUUUAAUUACAUGGGGGGCAGCCGGCAGGGGCCCUGCUUUCAAUGCCCUGGCACCUGCAGAAGGAAGGCUUUCUAUCUGAUAACCCCUCCUGUGCCAGUAACCCAUGGCUGAUUACAUGGGCGGAACUCUCUCAUACAGAACGAGCGUGUUUGCCAAGACGAGGUGAAGUAUCUUGCAAGUCCACUUGUUCCAGAAGAAAGACAGGAUAAGGAAAGUGGCAGUAGCGGUGAUAGGCGAGGAGUUUUUCACACUGGCAAGCGUGAGCUGAUAAAGCUAACCUUUCAGGCAGAUGCUGAGGGUCUGGGAAGCACGUCGCAGGCCAAAACUAGCUAAGCAAAUUUGACUUGGCUUUCCAGUUUAUAAUGGAAAGCAUUUGCAAGGAGAAACAAAACCCAACAUUCACUGCUGUUAUGAGUGAUGGAUUUAACUUAUCUGAUAGACUUUUCUGCUAAAGAAAUCAAUGGAAUCAUUUCUCACAUGCCUGCAAUAUAAAGUUUCUUGUUAAAAAUAUAUUAGUCACAAUAUUCUCAGUCUUACAAUGCUUUGUCUUCAGAUCAGGAAUGUUUGCAUUGUGUAUCUCAUUUAAUCGCUACAAGACCCCUGCGGAGCUAGUCCAGUUUACAGGUGGAGACAAUGGGGAUCAGAGAGGUUCAGUCAUUCACCCCACCCUGCCACAUAGGCAACAAGUGGUAGAGGCCAGGAUUGAACCACGACAGCUAGGCUGGGAGCCUGCACAUUUAUUCACUCGUGCAGAGAAGCCCUUGUGCACCAUUACCACCUCCCUUCUCGGGCUCCUCCUUGCCUCUGAACACCUGUGCAGGGAGGGUACCUCAGGAGGCGCCCUUCAUGCCCUUUGUGGGGUGAGUAAAGCAAACAAGCAAACAUCAUCUGCCAGGAGUACUCUUCCUGGCAAUUGUUCUUAGUUUUUCUUUGGUAUAUAGAAUAAAACAUUACAAUAUAAGCAAGUAAGCAGAAAAAGUGUUUCUUGGUCCCUAAAAACCUUGCUAUGGCCUUUAUUGAUCUCUGAGUUGUGUGAAAAGAAGUACUUAAAUAAGACAGAAAAGUGUGGUAAACACAGAUUACUGCAAAAUAGCCAAGGCGUGGCGCUGCCUCCUAGGGAGCAGAAACCAGGUGCCCUGGGUGCCCAUGUAUACUAACCAUUCCACCAGGUCAUUUUUGAAAAGUCCCUGUGAAUAGUGGUCACACUCACAUGACCUAGAGGAGGCUACCGUGAUGAUCCAAUGCCUGGUCCAGGGGUGUCAGUACCUACAUUAUGGCUGGCAGACCGACACAGAGAGCAGUGGAUGGCCAAGGCAAUGAGAGAGACCAUAGGAGAACACGCGCUUUUCCUAGGUGGAAAGAUGAGGCUCAGGGAGAAGACGUGAGUAGCUGAAGGACAGUCUGCUGGUUGAGUGGACCUUGCAGUAGAAUUGCUACCAGGACACCCCUUCACUGGACAGCUGCUGACGUGCCUGCCUCAGGCAGCAUUACCCACACAGAUACUCCCCUGGCCCACCUGCACCCCUGGCCCACAGCACCUCAGGAUAUACCGUGUCUGUGUAGCCAUCCAGUUGGGCCUUGCAUCUGAACCUUGUUCUGCAAAGACUGACUCGCUCAGAGGCUGUGCCCUUGUUAUCCCCAGGUGGUUAGAUUCACAGUGCAGAGCAAUAAAAGUUAUUUAAAUUAGCUCUAUUCUAUCCAUACAGUUAGUGACUCAUCUGCAGUAAUACACAUUAUCACCUUCCCGAGCCAGUCAAGUUCUCUCCAGACUUUAUCCCACAGCAGACAUGCGUGGAGAUUGCUCAACAAGUUCUUUAUUGCUUGUUCUGAAAGCAAGAAGUGCCCUGGACUAUACUUGUACAGGUACUUCAACCACAAAUGGUACCUGUCACUCCCCCUGCCUUGAGGUACUUUAACCGAAUAUACUUGGAGGGUUGAGAAAAUUAAACUGUUGUUCACAUCAAUUCAUCUUUGCCCAUAAAAUAUUUCUUAGGAAAUACUUUUAUGUGCUUUAAAUACAAUAUUCUUAUCAAACCUUGAUGUUACAGAUUUAACUCAUUCAAAUUACAGACACAAAUAUCAUGUGACUCACUCACUAAAACCAGUCUACAUUGCCAAACAAAAUAAACAAAGUAGACUCACUUUCUGACAGAACGAGUUUGACUUCAUUUUUUCAGUUUAAAUAAAUGUGUUAGUUCAUGGCCGGAGUACAGUGUCACGUCUGUGUAAUUCUAAAGUGGAAAGCUGGUAAGGAGGCCUCAGGCAGGUGUGUGAAGCAAGAACUUCAAUUUUCUCUGCAAAUUCAUCACCUGGUAGACAUUGAUCCUACUGCCAUCAGCCUUGUUCUCAGAAAACUCUCCAAAAAACUGCAUUCUUUGGAAAUAAGUUACUUGUACCAGCCCAUUCCAUAGUACAGAUGCUCUCCAUCUUACCAUGCAGUGUGUCCCGGUCCGCUCUCUGUUUAGUGAGAAGAUCUGAGUCAGAAGUGUACUCAACAUAGCUGACCUGUGGAAUGGAUUCCCAGACCUUGAAGUGCGGUCCUCAAUCUCAGGACCCCACAGCUUACUGGGAGUUACAUUUGCCCAGGAAGAGACCCAGAUUCAAAGUGCUUUCACUGAACAUUCUCACGUUCUCACCAUUGUAAAGUUGAACAAUCAUAAAAAGAAUCAUCACAAAGCAAGGACCAUCUGGUUAUCUGAAUUCAAACCACUGCCAUACAGGCAGAGCACCCUGUUUCUUCCUUGACUCCCAGCAGCAAUAGCUAACAUCAUCUCUUCAUUUGGCUCUUACUAAAAUGGGAGAAAGCAGUUGAGGAGGGAAAGGGGUGAAGAAUUGAAGGAUGCCCAGAUCACAUGUUCUCGGAAGACUGGAUCAGCAGAUCAUUUAUAUAGAAGUGAGGAUUGAGAGACUGAGUCUUUUAAACUUAGCUAUAUCCUCGUUUAAAGACCUCAAGGAGAAUCUUUACAUGUACUGACAAGAGGGGAUUUGCAGAAUGUUCAAAGUAACAUUGGAAUCGCAGAAAUUUAGAAGGAAAUUAAAUAUUCAUUGGUUGGAGGAGAAGGCCAACAUAAUAGAAUACGAUACGACAGAAUUAAUAGAUGUGCAUCAUGAAGCUGUUACAUUGAUCCAAAGGGUAAUUUCAAAAAUGCUAAAUGUAGAAUAUUAUGCAUGAUAAUAGAUACAUAAAUAUGCAGUAAAACUAUAAAGACAAGAACUGAAGCAUACCCUUACUUUAGGGCUGGAGAUGCCUGGAGAUAGAGAUGAAUAGAGGCGAAAUGUUAAAUGUAUUUAUAGGACAUUUUCCUUCCAAAAGAGCAACUCAGUCUUCUUCAUUAUUAAAUAGUUGAUUGCGUUUUGGGAAAAAAACAAAGAGGCUGAUUUUUAGGUAUGCAUCUUGUGCAGGUGUCCAGUGGGGAACAGGGCUUUAACCUUUCACCUUUUACCUCGGAUACAUUCACGGCCCCAGCUACAGGUUUACAAGAAUUGUAUCUUGGAAAAGGUUGCAGCUGGUUAGCAUGGAGACUCUGCACAGUCAUUCUUGAUUUUUUAAAAAUGAAAUUGGACAAAGUACAUGAAGGCUCCUGUAGAAUGGCUUUAAUUUGUGUUUAGGAAUGCAUAAUUUUAUCAGGGUCUCUGUAAUUAGAUAUUGUGCAAUAGAAUAAAAAGCAAAUACUGCUUGUUCCAUGGCAACAAAAGCCUUUAAUACCUCACUAUCUUUGAGAUAACGAAUGUUUCCAUAGACAAAUGUAUCACAUGAGAUUGUUUAAAUACACAUCCAAGAAAAAAAUGAAAGCUUCCCUAUUGCUUUUCCCGUGUGUAAGAGUGAGUACAUAAACAUCUGUUUUGUGCUUCUGUUUUAAUAUUGCAUGCUGGAUUUGGGUGGUUUUUUCCCUCCUUUUUCUGUUUGAAUGUUGAUAGUCCUGUAAAAGUAAUGUCAAGGCUUAAAUUUCAUUGCAUAUAAAGUACCUAUCUUUUAAGAGAAGUAAAAAUGAAAUAAUACUAUGGAUGCCUUCUGCUUAAGGAGUAAAAAAGAGCACACUGAUAAGGCAAAGCACUGACAGCUCGAGGGCAGGAAAUAGGCCUUUCUCAUCUCGUCUCUGCAACCCCAUGUCUGGUAUUGCCAGGCACAGAGAGAGGUGCACAGUAAUGAACUCCCUCCCAAGUAGCUCUUCAGAUAGAGGAAAUGGCCACGUUAAGUAAUACCUAGGGAAAGACCUUGCGAGCGUCACUGCUGCUUCUAGACGAUGCAGGGAAGAUGCUGACCUGAUGUCACAGGGCAGGAAGUGGAGAGUUUGGGCUGAACCAAACUCUACACCUACCUUAAAGCGUCCAGUCUAAGCUUUGCAAAAUUACAAAGUAUACUCAUUUGCACUGCUGCCUAGACUAUGUAGGAAGUUAAUUCUAGCAUGACUUUUGGGUUAUAUUUUAGUUUCUGUUCUGUUUUUCCAAUCCAAGAUGGCAAAAUCCCAAACAGGAUAAGAAUUCUUCCUACCAAGUAUCAGUUUUACCCAGGUAUAGACGCAGGGUCACUGCUCUUUGCAGUAACAUAGUACGAGUGUCAGCUCUGUGCAGGAAGUUGGAAGCACCAUGUUCUCUUUAUCCAACAAGCAUUGGUGUCUCAUUGAAAUCCAUUUGUCUUGUCCACCAAGGAGAGCCUCGAAAAGGAAAAAGAAAACCCAGCAAAGUAGCCCACACCCAGAGAGAAAGAAAGAGUCGGUGGAAUGCAAGAGCCUGUGGGUGUAUGGUCUACUAGUCAUGUGAACUUCGUCAUUGUUUGAUUUUAUUUUAUGUUAAAAUUUUACUUUUAUUGGUACAUUUGCUGUGCACGGUGAUUGCAUUCCUCAUUAGGAGUGAUAGACGUGUACAUAACACAUCCUACUCUUUUUCAUCCCCCUUCUCUCCCUCCAUCUCUUGUUCCCCUUCCCCGUAGCGAAAGACCUAUCUCCCUAUUUUCUACUGUCUUUUAUUUUGCUCAUUAUUUAUAUUUUUGGAUUCUCAUAUGAGAGAAACCAUGUGAAAUUUAAGUGCGCAUGUCUGAUUUAUUUCAUUUGAUAUUAUGGUCUCAAAGAGUAUCCAGUAUUCCUACAAAUGACUCAAAUUUAUUCUUUAUAGCAGAGUAGUAUAUAAAUACCACACUCUGUGUAAAUACCACAUUUUCUUUAUCCAUUCAUCUGUUGAUGGACAUAUGGACUGUUUCCAACAUUUAACUAUUAUGAAUUCUGUUGCUAUAAAAAUGGGUACCCAUAUGUCACCCUGAUACAGCAUUUUUUAACUGAUUUGAGAAGAUACCUAGAAGGGAAACAGCUGGGUUGAUCAAGUUAUCAUUUUAAACAGCACUGGUCAGCCACUGCCUUUUGUGCAAUCUGAUACAUCCUUGGAGUGAUCCCUACCUAGUGUUCUGCUCCUCCAGAAUAAUGCCUGCCUGGUUGUACAUAAAUGAUCCUCAGAAGGUCCUUUUCUCCACAAGACUGAUGCUUUCAGAACUGUAAGCCUAAGUAUCUCCUGUUGGAAUUCGUGACAUUGGACAUUUAUAGGUAUCUGCCCUACCUUGACUGAAUUUAGGAAACUAUUUAAUCUUAUUCAUUUCAUUAAUUGCAUUUUUAAAAUUUUUAUUUUAAAAAGAAUGAAACCAAAUAAAAUAAAACUGAGUAAAGUCAAUCAAAACAAAAUAAUGAAAAUGAUACAGGACUUCAAAACAAGAUCAUGGAAAAUCAACAAUGACUACCAUAAUGCUUCUUGUUAUCUUCAAAAUAGCUGCCCAUACCUUCAGACAUAAUUAAAUCAACCAAAACAAAACAGUAAAACCAACCAAAACAAAACAAUGAAAGCAAUACAAGACUUCAAAAAAGGAUAAUAGGAAAUUGAAAAUGACUACCAUAAUAUAUCUUAUCUUCAAAAUACCUACCCAUACCAUCAGACAUAAUAAAAUCAAACAAAACAAAAUGAAAUAAAACCAAACAAAACAAUGAAAACAAUACAGGAUUUCAAAAUAAAACAAUAGGAAGUUAACAGUGGCUACCAUCAUACCUCUUGUUAUCUUCAAAAUAGCUGUGUAACCAUCAGACACAGGCAUAUAAAAUUAACCAAUCAGUAUAAGAACUAAGUUGCCUCUUUACUUCAAUUGUUAUAUUUUCAGAAAUUUCAGGAGUGUGAUCUCUUAUCUGUACUGUGUCUGUGUCUCCUGAACUUGUUCUGUGUGGGCUGAGGUCUGAGAUUGUAGUUUGCUCCUUUGCCUUGACAUUUUCUUUUCCAAAUCAGCCCAUUGCUGCCUCCCAAGUGCUUCUUGCAUUUCUGCCAGUCCUUGGUGCAGGGACUUGGACCAGGCACCUGGGUUCCUCCAAUCUGGAGUUGCUGGAGUGGUGGAGAGGCAAUGGGGGGAUUGUCCACAGAUGCUCCCCCAUGGAGGUGGGACCUUGGGGCAGUGGCUUCUUCUGCAGGACUUCAGGACAUGGCUUCUUCCUACUAGGUCUGUGGUUCACAGUUUUGAUUCGCGUCUGAUAUUUCUUUUCUGAUUUUCUGUCUAGCUGAUUGAUCUGUCUCUCUGUAACAAUGGGAGAUCGAGGUCUCCCAUUACAACUGUUGUUGCUCAUUGAUUUUCCAUGCCUACCAAUGUCUGUCUUAUAUUGUAUGGUGCUCCCUUAUUAGGUGCAUAUACAUUUAGAAUUGUCAAGGCAUUUAUGCUGUCUUCAGCUUUCUCAUUGACCCCAAUCAAUGUGUUAUUCUUCUUUGCUUUAUUUUGUAGCUGUUGGACUGAUUUCUCAUGGUCUCUUGCUAUUUUAAGAUAUCUUUUUUUUUUCAUGAUUACUACCUGUAACUCUGUCUUUAAGGUCUGAAAUUCUAUCCUUUGCAUUGUUUAAUCUGUUGCAUAUACUUUCACUAGAGAUUUUAAUCUCCUAGAUCUCUUUUUGUAUCUGUUUCAUGGAGCCCAUUUCUGUCCUAAGUUGGCCACUUUUUGUCUCCAUCGUUUUCUAAGCUCAUCUAUUCUUUUAUUGGUGUCUUCUCUAAUAUCUUUGAUUUUAUGCAUCACUUCUUUUUGUAUGUGCAAGAUCAUUUUCCCUCUAUAGCCUUUUCCAUUUGUUUUCUCACUUCUUUUGUUAUCGUUUUGAAAGUUCCAGUGUUUGACUUCUAACUUCACCCGUCUCAUUGAGUUCCAGGCUUGUCCUGGGUGGGCUUGGGGUCUGGGACCACACCCCACCUCUGCAUCUUGCCAUUCUCCACCUUUUCUUUUUUCUUUUAUUUUGUCUUUGAUAUUAAUACCUGCCAGCCUCCCAUGAUAUAUAGCUCUACCACUAGCAUUGAGGCCUCUCUCAAGAAGGAAACGAAGUGUUCUUUCCCCAGGGAUGUCCUCCAGAUGUAGUUGCUUCUUUAUAGCUGUCCCAAGAACCUACCUUUCGGUGUUCACAGUUCUGUAAUAAUGUCCAUGUGACAUCCCAGAGAUGUGCUGGGUACGGAGUCAAUCUUAGCAUCCGAAUGUGGGGGCCAGGAUGGUCUUCUGUCGGUGUAGUUCUCCAGGGUGCAACUGCCGUCUUCUCCCCUGCUGCUCCAGACUAUUCCACAUUAUUGGCCUCACUGAUUACUUUGCUUUCCAGAGGUGUGUGCGCGUCUGUAUGCUGGGCUGUUGUCCUGGGUUGUUAAUUGCAUUUAAUGGUGUGAUUGCAAUUGCUAGGCAAAGCCUUAGAAUUUUAAUAGCACUAAGCAAUUUUUUAAUGUGUACUGUAAGGUAAACCCUUGGGAGAAUAUUAAAAAUAUUGUAAGAAGUGAAGAAAGAGAUUGAUACGUGAUUAGAGAGGCAGAGAAACAGGUUAAUUUUCCCUAUCAAUAUUAUGAAUAUUCUUCUGGAAGCAUAGAAAUCAUGCCAUUCCUCAGAUUUAUAGAACAUUGUCUUCUAAGUAACUCAAAGUGCAGUUUGAGGCAUUGUCUUAUUUAUCAUAAUGUGAUCCCUAAAAAGCGAAGAACAGUUCUAAAACAAACUAACCAACUACGCAGCACCUUGAACAUCACAGGGAAGUAUUUAAGACAUAAUUUAAAAUAUCAUCUCUUUCCUCUAAAAUUGGGUCUUUAGAAGUAUUUAUAGGCACCUUUGUAAGGCAAACCAAUAAAAGACUGACACUAAUUAUCUCUUCACUGAAACAAAGUCAUGGAAUAAGAGUCUGGGACUCCACGCUGCACGUUAUACAUUUCACAGUAGUGUAAAAAGCAAGUCACAGAUAAGGAUGGAUAAUGUCAGGUACCUGCAGAGGUAAGGAGUUGCUCUCUGCUGUUGUUGGUUGUGCAAUGACAUUGAGUUCUUUAAAUCAGGAGGCAACUUUGCUCAGCGAGUAAGUAGUUUUCAUGAUGGCAGAGUAGGCAGAGGUUGGGCAGCAGUGUCUCAUGGCUACGGUUUACCUGGUCCUGUCCAAUCUAGUUCCAGGAUAGUGACUACAAAUGUUCACAUGCAUCUUUGUAAACAAUAAUUAGAGCCGAGCAUGGUGGUGCAUUCCUGUAAUCCAAGCACUUGGGAGGCUGAGGCAGGAGAAUUGUUUGCAAGUUCAAGACCAGCCUAGGCUACAAAGUGAGCCUAAGGCCAGCCUGAACUGCAUAGCAAGACCCUGUCUCAAAAAGACAAAAAAAAAAAAAAAAUUAGAUCUCUUUUAACUCAGAAUUGAAAGAAGGUAUGUCUCUCUUCUCAAGUUGAGAAGAACUAAAGUAAUAAUGUAGACCUAAUUAUACAUAGCUGACUACAAACCGAAAAUAUAUUUUUAAAAAAUUGUUGGUGAUAUGCAGUCACGAGAGGGUUGCUGGUGUUAAUCACCAGUUGCUCCCCUCUCCUCUGCGGUGAAACCCACUGACAGGAGCCACCAGGAUGGAGCCCAGCCUGGCCCCAGAGCCUCCUUUGUUGUCUACUGGUUCUGUUUUGCCCUCUCAUCCUCUGGGUCCCUUCAUAGCGCUGCUACUUUGAUUACACUAUUGACUACUCAAAAUCAGAGCAGAUAUCCCGUUACAGAGGAGUCUCUGUCUUACCCACUGCACUUCCUGAAAGAAUAACUUGCACAUUUCAUCCACUGCAUUUCUUUUGCUCUACUAUUUUCUGAUCUUUGUGCUUUUUGAGGAAUCAUUGAAAAUGCUGAAGGUAUUAUUCUCCUUGGGAGGAAUAGUCUUUGGGAAAAUGUAUCUUCUCCCUGCUGUGGUUUUCAGGGUUUCAUAAGGCCUGUUUGCUUUAGGUAGAUGAAAAACAGCUGAAAAGACUCAGUGUCUCUUCCACUGAGUAAAUCAUGAAUCGUUUUCUGUAUCAAACAAUCCAUGCAUGGUAUUGCUGCAUCUGGUGCCUUCUUGGUAAUUUUCUAUUUGCCUUCUUAAAAUCUAUCACAUGAGGUUGUGAUAAUGUGGCAGUUUCUCUUUUAGGGUGCAGUUCAGCCUCUUUUUGGUUCUUCAGCUCACUUUCCUGAACUAUUCUUUUCCGUAUGAUAGGGAUCUAUCAUUUAUAGACACUAAAGCCAUAUACUUUAUAAAUCAAGUAAGACAUAGACUGAAUUGUAUGUGUAUUUUACAUAAAAAGUCUUAUAAAUUAAGUCAGAUAUAGUCAUACAUUGGGGAAAUCACCUUUUAAAAAUAAAAUAGGUGCUGCCCUUGGAAGAUAGGGAUAUAUGAGCUCUUCUCCAUGUAACAUAUAUAGAGUUGUGAUGUAUUAUAGAUAUUAGACUCAACAACUUAUUUUUGCAAAAGACUUCUUUGCCAGGUUUAUAUAGAUGAGAGAAAUAAUCAGGAAAAUCUCUCUGUUUAAUAUAGUGAAAAUAAAACCCUUAAUCCCAUAACCAGCAACAAAGAACCCCAUGUUCCCAAGUCACUUUUCUCAUCUCUGGAGAAAGAUUGAGCUCAGCUUAUGGUUUUUGUUUUUGUUUUUGUUUGGAUUUUUUUUCCCAAAGCUGCUGUUCUCUUAAUGUUAGACUGUAUGCAAAUCCUAGGACGAGUUUCUUCUACUUGAAAAGUGUGCAUUUUCCCACUAGGGUAAUUGUUUACUCUUGAAACUAAACCUGUAAUUACUGUUAUCUAAUGAUUUUAUAGCAUGGUGUGCACCAUUUGAAAAGAAAUUUUUCCAUCUUUUUUUCCACUGGCCAUUCAGAGAUACAAUCUGGUGAUGAAAAUUAGCUAUUUUCCACUAGUGUAGGGAAAAAACACUCUGCAAAGGCAAAAAUGGACUCCCCCUGCCUCCAGAUUUAUGUUUCUGCCUGCACAGAGUGGAAGUAGCCAGGAGCAGAGUAGGAUUAUUCUCUGUGAAUACAUUUUUAUGAAAAGAAUUCUGUAUUUCUUUCUCUCUAUGGAUGGGAAAGCCUCUAUCUUAGCCUGUAUCCAUGACUUUGUGGGGCUUAUAAAAGAGAAAGAAAAUCCUCCUAGGAAGAAACGCUUUAGGUCAGAGUGAGCAGCACCAUCACAGAAUUUCCAGGCUUCCUUUCCAGGGUUGAGCUUAAAACUGGAAGAAAAAAGAACACUGCUAGCACAAGUAGGAGUUGCGGAGCCAGGAAGAGACUGAGCACACAAACCCCUUGCUGCAGUUGUACGUGGUCCCUGAUGGGAUGGAAACGUGAGAGCUGGACCACCAAAGAAAACUGCAUUAGCACUCUGCUUGGGACACAACUGCAGCUUACAAGAAAACUUUAGGAAAUUGCUGGGCCCAGAGCAAGAACAUAGACAUUCCUGAGGACGAACAACCAAGGGGAAAGGAGCUAUUUACUUUCUCGGGAAGUUAUGAAAUCUCACAUGUAAAACAGUCAUAUUUUUGUAUUACUUGACUUAACACUCCAGGAACUUACCCCAAGCCAGCUGUGGCUCCCAUGUUGCCCUGCUUAUUAAAAUUCCCUCCUGUUGAUUCCCACUCCCUUUACCCCGACUCUUGCCUGCCCUGUUGUCCUUCAGUUUCUUCUCUGUGUAAUUCUGGAACGUGUCUUUUCACUGCUCCCAGAAAGUUUCCUUUAAUAGCAUAAAAUAUGCUAUCUACAAAAGUGAAGGUUUGCUGUAGAAAUUCUGGAGAGUUCUGAAAAGUGCCAAAUGCAAAGGAAAAUAAUUCUAUCCCCUGUGCAUUGCACCACAGUUAACUCUUUAGUGGUACAAAGUUGUUACGUCUUUUAAGCAUUCAGACUAAUCCUCUGAUGACAAGAACUUAAGAAAUCCCUGAGAUACAGUAUGAGAUGGUCAUCCUGGAAGACCAAGGCCACAUUUUCCCUGUCUCAAGCCCUGAAUGCAGGCAGCACCCUCCAUGUGCAGCGUCCACAAACCUAGGGUUUCAGAGAAACCCACAAUCAAGAACAAGACCAGAGAAGAAGAAAUGUGUUAGUCCUUUUCACUCAGAGAAACUAUAAGUGCCUUUCUCAGCUGCGUCCUUUUCCUUGAAAUAUUGAAAACGUGUUAAGAUGAUUUGGGGGCCAGGCCUGAAAGAGGUUUCCCAGACUGCCCAGAAGAUGAGUUUAUUCACCUUUGAGAAGGAACCAUUGUCACCGAGGCUGGAGCCCCACCAUCUUCCUUUGGCAUCUGCAGGGUACAGAGUGAAGAACAGUGGCGGGCCAGGAGGGCUUGGUACCCAUGUGCUGCCCACCCGCCAGCGUCUGUGUGCAGACAAAUGUCCCUGCAUGGAGCCUCGCCCACAAACAAAUUACAAAACUGCCAUUUGUAAUCCCCAAACAGUUCUCUGUCAUUUAAUGAGAAAAUUCAUCUUAUUUUGCCUCCAAGCCCUGUAGCCUUAUUGCAUUUGCACAUAUUUCAAAAUGUUUCAAGUACUGACCAGAUAACAUUAAUGACUACAUAAGAUAGGCAAAUGCUUUUAAACAAAAAAUAAAUAAAUAAACGUGUGUGCGUGUAUGUGUGUGUGUGCGUGUGUGUGUGUGUGUGUGUGUGUGUGUGUGUGUGUGUGUGUGUGUAAAGUUAAUUCUGUCUGGAGCCAAACAGGUAAUUUUCCCUUCAGCAUUUUUUCAGUCAGCUAAGACAAGUUGGCCUUUGAGCACAGUCAGCCUGUCUGCAGGCUGGCUUGGCUUACAUACCAGGGCGGGAGUUUCUGCAGAGACAGACAGCAGGAUGAUCUGAUUGGCUCCCAUCCAGAGCAUGCUCACAAGGGCCUCUUUGACGAAGGGUUCUUGGUAAGUACUGUACCAAAAGCAGCCUGCCACCCUCCUUUCAAAGAUACCCAUUUAGAGUAAUUCCCAGAAAGGGAAAAAACAGCAAGAAACAAAAAAGGAGGGAAGUGAGGGAGAAAGAGCUGAAAACUCCAGGAUUAUCACAAGAAUAAUUAUGCUCCCUGUCAUAGAGAAAGGGGGGAAAGUUAUUACAAGUAAACUGCUGGAUGUUGAAGUGACUGGUUGGCAACUGUGGAAGAACAUAAGGAAUGUGCAAUUAAGCUCAUUAAAACAUCAUCAUUAUGCUUAUCAAUCUUUUUCCAAAAGAGGUAGGGUGAAGCAGUGUGUUAAGGCAUGACUGCUUCUGCAGAUAACGAUCCAGGACUACCUGACUUGCUGUUCUCAGCAAACAAAAUCAGCUAGCAGCCUUUGCAGCUAGGCAGGCUGGCUCCAACCCACCCUGGAGUUGGACCUGAACUCUGGCCAAGACAUGGGGGGGGAGGGGGGCUGGCUGCACUCAUGACAUGAGUCCUGAUCAGAAAGGCAAACUUUUACUAAGCACCUGUGAUACAACCAACCCUGGUGUGCAUGAGGAAGUUCAAAAAUUCUGUGCCUGAUGGGAGCCCCGCCUUCUAGGCCCUGUUAGCUUAGGUGGGGAGGUGAAAGCUGGUUGUUCAUUCAUUCGCGCAACAAAUACUGAGAGGCAGCCAAGCACAGGCGUCCUGCUAAAUGUGCUAGGACACAGCCCCGUCCUCACCAUCCAGCCGGAGGCGUGGUCCACACAGCCUCAGUGACGCAAGCUUAGCAGCAUGGCGAGCACUGGAGGAGGAGGUCGAGGUGCAGCGGGCACACAGGUGGGGAGCAGUGCUACAGACACACUGGCCCCAAUUCCCACUGCUCCUGGAGGAAGACCAGUGUCUCUCUCUUGCUUUCACUUUUACUCUUGCUUUCCUGCUGUGGGUUUUAAUGACAUUUUUAUAUUAAAAAUAUUUGUUUCUUGUUGAAAAUGAGACACAUGCAGAAAAUGAAAAAAAAGAGAAGAAAAAUCAUAUGUAAUAUGGCCACCCAGAAAUACCUACUUUAACACUUAGGUCUAUUUUCUUCCAGUAUUUUGUUGUUGUUUUGUUUUGUUUUGUUACAAAAUAAGAUUAUUGUCGGUGUCACUCCCGGCCGGCAGGAAAAACACACGACAGAUUCUGACGGUGUGCAACCUUGUCUUUAUUUGUCUCCGCGUGGGCCCCUCGAGGCCUCUGCUUUGCCACCAGUCCUUUCUCGCCGGUGGACUUUCUCUAUCUCUCUCGUGCUUCUCUCUCGUGGCAGGAGAGGCAUUCACUUUUAUAGGGUAACAGUGGCCAAUCAAUUCAAAGCGCGCGAUGCGGGCUGAUUGGCUAACAUCAGUUGUUGCUAGGCAGACUAUCUUACAGAGCGGGUUGUUUAAGUCGCCGGGGCAAUCAGGGGGCAGGAAUCAGGCGCCAACUUGGCUCACUCGAUGGGAGGGGUAAUUUAGCUCAGGCUUUGCCUUUUCCUACAGGCCUUACGUCCGCCAAGUAAGGCGACCGGGCUCGGCCGCGGCUCCCAACAGAUUAUUGUUUACUUGUUCUACAUGACAAUAAUGUGAACAUUUUCCAUAUUAUUAAAUAUGCUUCAAUCUGUUGUUUAGAAAGUCUGCACAGCUUAACCAAUCUUCUCCCCCGACCCCCUGGAGAUCAAACCCAGACCUGCACGUAUGCCAAGCACAUGCUGUAGCUCUGAGCUACACCCUCAGCCCAAGCUGAAUCUUCUACUGCUGGAUAUUUUAUUUACAGCUUUUUUGCCAUUAUAAAUAAUAUUUCCCUAAAGAUCUUUGUAUGUAAUUACAAUCACUUAUUUUACAUCCCUGCACUUAUUCACAAAUGAGAUUUAUGUCACAAUUACCUGUAAAAUUAUGGAAAGUUAGAUGAUACAAAGCAGAGUAUAAUUAUGGGACCAGUAGUGCAGAUGAGCACCUGUAGAACAGAGAUUUCCUGGGGAUUGGCAGCCUCAGAGGCUUACCAAAAAGGUGGCUCUUGAACCUGAUGGUCCAGACCCACAUUACAACUGCAAGUGGUCCAAAAACUUUGGCUUACACUUUGGCCUGAGCAUCUUUUUCUCCACCAGCUAAGUUCAAGCAGCCUUGUUCACCUGUGUCAACUGCACAUCUCAAGUUCAAGUUCAGUGAUCCAUGGAGGUUUCACCUGGGUGCAGAUUAAAACGAUUCCUGGCCCUCCUCCCAGACCUGCUCAAUCAGUACCUGUGGGACAGGAUCAAGAAAUUUGCAUUUUUAAAAUGCUCCUCAAGGCAGUUCUAGUGCAAGGUAUGCAAGAUCCAGGGUUGCAGGAGGAACGCUUGGCCCCAACGACAUACCAGGUGCCGUGGUCCAAAGCAAGGGCUCUGGUUAGAGCCGGGACUCAGACCCUGGCCCGCCGCUCUGUACCGUGUGGCCCUGGGCAUGCUGCUUUGCUAACUUUUAUGUUUGGAAUAAAAGGAAGAUAAUAAUAGAAAGAGCCCUCCAGGAAUGGUUGCAAGAACUAAUUGCAAGGAGUGGUCAUUCCUACACAUUAUUGCUUGCUAAAGCAGGAGAUCAUGGAGCCAUUUCCCUUACUUAGCCUUUUGUCUGGCUAGAGCUAAGCUCACCAUGAAGCUCUGGUUUGGAAAAUGACCCCCCCCCACCCGCAGGGGUCUCCUGCCAAAUGCCCUCCAAGGCCUUCACCUGGUGUUUUCCGGACCCCGUUGGCUAGCAGAAGGAAGCUGUGUGAUACCAUCUGAGUGAUGCAAACGUGUCCUUGGAUAAGCACCAAGUUAAGCGAUGUUGGGAGGGCAGGAGCAGCCCAAAGAAGCCUGAUGUGAAGAGGUGUGACUGGAGAAACUGCAGGAGGAAGCAGCUUGACUUUCACUCCUGGUCUGAUCAUGGUAGUAUAAAAAUGGACCCAAAGGUCUUCAGGUGGAAGACCAGGUUUUAGGUUUCAUUUAUUAGCUGUUGUUAAACCCUGUUAAACCCACGUUCAUUCCACACAAACUGGAGAGAUAGAUCACUUUCCUCUUACUACUGAAGUACAUGUCAUGUCUUGAACUGUUGAUACUUCUUAGCUUUGUUUUUGGGCCAGGGAUCGAACUCAUGACCUUGCGCUUUCCAGGCAGGCGCUUAUGCCACUGAGCUAAAUCCUUAGCCCCAUGUCUUGAACUGUUAAUAAACUCAGUAAGAUCUAUUUCUUAUUCCCCAAAUAUAUUAGGUUUGUUCACAUUCUCAGCAUUCAGUGACUGCAUUGGGAAGCUUUUGGUUGGUUGUUUUUGUUUUGUUUUUGUUUGUUUGUUUUGAAACACAACAGACACAAUCCAGCUGCAAAACAUUUUUCCAAAAGACUUUUUUCCUCAUCUCCAGCUUGGAAAUUUGCAUUCAAGGACUCCUCCCAGCCAGCCAUACCUUCCAGAAAGUAUAUAAGGAAAUUGUGUCUCAUUGGUUCAAGAAGCAGAUUCCAAGGAACUGAAUUCUUCUUGAUCAUCCCCCCGGAGCUUCCACCCAUGGGUGCCCUCCCAUCCACAGCACCCAUUGCUACAAGUGGCCCAGUUUCCUCAUGCUGGGGUGCUCCGCAGCCGCAUGAUCAGAAGAUGAGGUACAGGGGGCACCAACCCCAGGAUUCUCAGAGCACUUGGUAAUUGAAUAGGGGUGCACCCCUUAUAAACAAGUGAGACUAAAAUGCAUUUACUUCCGAGAAGGGCCAUCUUGGGCCAAAGACAGCAUGGGCAAUACAGUACUGGAGCCAGCUCAGCAUGAAUUGCAAAGAGCCAGAAAUAAAAAGAGGAGGGGUAGUGAAAAUAUAACCAAGGGGAAGCAUAAACACGUCCACACCAAGGAAUAGAAUCUAGGGAGGUGAAAGUAAAUGCUUGAGCAAUUUCAAACUAUCCUGUUCUAUUCUAAAAUGUUUAAACAUGGCAUCAAGAGUCAUCACAAGGAGUUAACAUUUGUGGUAUGUUGAGUUGCUGGGGGCUGUGUUGAGGCAGGGGCAGAAAAGAGAUUUUAAGGAAAAACAGAAAGCUGGGAACAAUCCAGAUGUUUUGUUGAUCCAUGAUAUUAAGUUCACAUUUGAUUUAAAAAGGCAGAAAUAGGACAUAGAGCCCUUCCUUGGCAGCCUGCUUCUGUUUUAGUGAUAAUUGAACCAAUUAUACAUGUGAACAUUGAGGUUUUUAUUUUUAGAUCAAGAAAAUAAUGAACAGCAACCUCUUACACAGGCCUAUGCAUACCAUGACUGUAUGUUUUGAGAAGUCUGCUGUCUUUAACAAAGUGAUUGCAAGAGCUUUGCUCUUUUGUAAGGUGAAAAACAGAAAAUUACAAUGCUAUGCCAGUGUUUGUUGAAGUGAUCAUCCUGAGAUUGUGUGGGGCUUAUCUCCUGGUGUGAUCAGCAUGGCCCUCUCAAAUAGAGCUGUCUUAAAAACACAGAUCCACCAGUAAGAUGUGUUUUAAUUUUGGUCUAACAGCUUUAGGAUUACCCCUCCAGCCUGUAUCUCCAGCUUUUGUACAAACAAGGAGCUUACACAAAACUCCGAUUAUAAUGGUGACUUGAGGGAAGCAAAGCCUUGUUUGGUUGAUUGAGUUAUGAUUGUACAAAGAACAAACAAAGGCUUUCUGUCCUUCAACAUAACAGUUAUGUCUUACUCCUCACUAAUAAUGCCACAUUUUCAUUUAAAACAAUAUUUGUACAGCCCGAUUUUAUUCCUAAUGUAGGUGAAAUGUGUUGCCUCCAGGUUGAAAUCCAGUUUUAAACCUAUAAGCUAGAAAAAUAAGUUCGAUUCUCCACGUUUGAGUUUUGAAACUGUUGAUUCUGGUGCUUUAGCUUGGUAGAGAGACAGAGACAGAGGGAGAAACCCACAAACCUAUCUAAACAUGUGCAUCUAUACAUGUGUAAAAAUUUCUCUGCCAUAAGAAACUGAUGUUACUUUGUUUUCUGAAUAUCUCAGUAGAUGUUUCUGUGAUCUGAGUGAACUGACUUGCAGGCCUGGACAGUAUUAUACUUUCUCUUACCUUCCUCUCCGAAGUGCAGUGGAUAUUCUUUGACAACUGUUGCAGUGGCAUGUUGCAGUUUUAAUUUCUAGUUUUAUUUAAAGUCUCUCUUAGAUAAAAUAGACCAGACGAUUUCAGGGCUGGUAGGUACGUGCUUUCUUGGGAGGGGUGACCACCAACCACCAGUCCUGCAAGAUACUACCCAUCUCAUUUCCUGUGGGGCCAAGGGCCGCAGCACCCUGUCUGCAGCUGGCUUACGGGGUUGCUGGAGGCAGAGUUCAGAUGUGACUCUUCGACCGCAGGGCACACAGGCUUGGCCCAAAGGACCCAAAGAGUGAAAUCAGAAAUGCAGUUAGACAAAACCAGCCUGAGAACAUUUUUUUUUUCCUGAAUGGAAAGCAGAAAGCAAUCCAGAAACAGGAAGACAAAGGAAAGUUUCUACAAAUUGGAGUAGGAGCCAUAGUUAAGGCUUCUAAAAGUGAAUUUGAAAUUACUUUGGCCUUAUAUUAGGAACUGAGUGCUUUUUGAGUUUGCCAAAUUCAUCUUGAAAAUGUAGUUAGAUUCUGCAAGCAUAUUUGGGCAGGAGAUUUGAAUUAGAAUAUUAGAACUUCAACAGGACUCAUUUUAAUCAGCUAAUUUGGCAUUUUGAAAGGACUGAGGGUCAUUGUAAUUAUGUAGGGAUGUGCAGUCAUUAGCUCCAGUAUUCCAGUUUCUCAUUAAUAGCUCCCCGGAAGAGGCAUCGACUAUGAAGCUAUCACAGUUGCCUAAAAAUGCACAUUUUCCCUUGAAAUUGUGGCUUAUUUUCCUCCCAGGCGCCUCCAGAACUGAUUAAAGUGCCUGGCCCGCAUAGCAGUUCCCUUUAGGUGUCAAGGCUGUGUCUCACACAUGUGUAAGGGACUGAGACAUUUAAAUCUCAACAGCCCAGCUGGGCCCAACCAAAAAUCUGGGGCAAGGCUGGUUUAAAGGAGGAAUAAUAAGAAUCACAGCUAGAGGAUGUUUUUGCAUAGCUCCAUUCCUGCCAUUAGACACUGAAAACUCAGUACCCAAACAGCCCCUGCCACUUGGCACCAGACUCAGAAACCCAUUAGCAGCGCCACUUUGGUGAGUAGAGAAUGAACUACUGAGCAUGUGGCCUCUUGGUAGACUUAGAAUUACCACUCGCCUUUGUCAGAAGCCUCACUCCAAGCAUAAUUUUACAUGCCUGACCUGUGCUGAAGGGGUAAGGUUGAGUGAGCUGUUCUUUUUUCUGCCUGCUCAGAGUAUCUUGCCUGGCUUUGUAGCACUCAGAAGUGAAUGUAAUGACUUGGUGGCUGUUGGAACGCUACUGCUUUGAGUGAUGACACUUGAUAGUCCUGUGUUCCAUGCUUUUUUUGGACUAUGUUGAUAAAAACUCACUUUGUUUAGUACCUAUUUUAUACUUCACCCACAUCUCAAAAUAGCUCUCAGGUGUUUUAUUGAAACAUGCCACAAGGUCAUUGAAAGCUUUGAACCCUCAGCCUCACCCUUUUCCUGCCUUCUGCCAUGAAUCCCCAAGAAUCUGUGAUAGACUAGGGACUGAUCAGAAGCUGGCACAUUAGCCCUUAUAGACGUGACCUCAUCUUCCCAGGGCUAUGCACUUGACUCAUGUGACAGUGCUCUUUCUGGAAAAUAGUAUGCCUAGAGUGUAGAUGGGGCAGGCAGAGAAAACGAAAGAAGUGGAAGGAUAGGUUUUAAUUGUUGCAACAAGGCUGAGAUGAGAGUAUCUCCACAGUCCUGGGAAGUUACUCAGACUGAUGCCCACCCUGCAGCACUGGGCACCCUUUGGAAUUCUUAGCUCGGGCUAGGGUGUUCUCCUGCUCUGGGCCAGCACUUCCUGGGUGUGAUUUACAUGCUCGUAGUGGGGAACCAGCUCCUUAAUCCCAGUCAGUGCCUAUAGCUGCAGGCAGUUCUUGAUCGUGGGAAUGAAGAGAUUUGUGGCAUGGUUAAUCCAAAACAGUGAAUAAUCCAAGAGAUAAUAAGAAUUCUCUUUAGUUGGCUUUAUAUGUACGUAAGUGCUUUACCAUUUUGCUUAAGCUAAACUUAAUCUAUAAAAUGUUUUCUUAGUUUUUUGUAUUACACAAAGCAAUAGAUUAAAAAAUAGGAAAAUGUAAGAAAUUGAGAAGAAAAAGAUAAUCUAUAUAUUCACAUGAUAGUUCUUUAACUGACUAUAUACCUAGACAUUUCUUUCUGGUUGUAUACACACAUAGCUAUACUUUUUUUUUUUUGAAACGGGGUCUUGCUAUGCAGUUAAGGCUGGAUUUGAAUUUACUUUGUAGCCCAAGGUGUUCUAUAACUAGCAGUGAUUCUCCUCCUCAGCCUAAAAUGACUAAAUAACUAAAUGACAUUAAAAGCUGGUUUAUAAACUUAGUUUUGUUUAUUUGUUUUAUUCUGUUUUGUUUUUUUACCAGGAAUUGAACUCAGGACCUCAUGCUUGCAGGUGCUGCACCACUGAGCCAAAUUCCUGACCCUAUAAUCUUAGAUUUAGAUAUAAUUUCAGACUGAAUUGUUAGAAAGCUUUGUUGCUGCCAGCCAUUGGUAUAUGUGAAUCUCACCUUGCGGCUCCCAGGAACCUCCCCCAGAGAGGAAAGCAUUGCAUUUAAAUUAAUCAGAAGAUCAGGAACAAGAUUCCCAUGAGAAGGGAGAAAAGUUAGUACACAGUGAAAGGUACUAAGUAACAAAAAGAGCACCCAUCCGCUCCUGUAGCCCGUAGACCUGAAGUGUCCCAUCCGAUGCCAUAGAGAGGAGGCAGUGUGUCUUAGCAAGCUGCUGGUCACAUGCCUGUUCAGUAUGCUUCUUCUUAAGCCUUUCCUUAGAUAAGGGGUCCAGGGGGCAAAGGAAACAAUAUAAGGAUAGCAGGAUUCAGAAGUGUUCUUGGAAGUUGUGAAACUGCCUUAGUGGUAAUAAAUCAGGUGGGGUGGAAGCUGAGUUUCUCUGAAUCCAUGAAGGCAAAAGGAAAAGGACGAAAAUCUACACCAGCUUAGCAUAGUGAAAAAGAUGUAGCGAGACUGCACUUAGUUGUGUUUUCUUUAAAUUUUGGCCCGUAUAUAUUAUAUAUCUUUCAAAGCAAGUUUAAAAGCUGUCAAUUUCUUAGUCAUAAGAGUUUUAGUCUUUAAAAAGGAAAUGAUUUCUAUCUGCUUUUUAUCAUCUUUGAAAGUACUGGCUUCCUUCUAUUGUCUGUGUCUUACACAUGACUUUUCUAUCUGUGUCGAGAUAAAAGUGACAGUAGCUGAUAUUCACUGAGUGCUCAGCCAUGUGCCAGGGAACAUGCGAAGCUCUUUGUGUUAUUUCAUACACUCACAUCUGGGUGCAUUCUGUUUUCAUCUCUUACUAUAGAGCUUAGAACAAGGCCCACAGUCAUACAAAUAGCAGAUGGGAAUUCUCGGACCUGACUCUACAAAGUCUGACCUCAGUCCUCACACUCUUGACCAAGCCCCAUCCCAAGUCUCCUCUGUACCUGGGGGCAGCAGACCCUAAUCAUGGACUUAGUACCUCAAGUUAAGUAAGAAGUGCUAGGGAUUUAGCUCAGGGAUGCAGCACCUGCCUAGCAAGUAUGAGGUCCUGAGUUCAAUUCCCAGGACUAAAAAAAAAUAAACAAAGUUAAGUAAGAGCUUUUUCAGUACCAAGUACAAAGCAAAAUCUGCAGAUUAAAAGCACAAGUAGAAAAAUAGUUCUAGUAUGUAUACAAAAUAUGUUAGCCCUAGUGGUACCUAACACAGGUACUAAAAGUGAGACCAUCAGAACAAGGGAGGAAAACCCUUCCAAGGUUAAGAGUUUGAUACUAAACGAGCUCACCUGCCAGCCUCAUCUUUCUGCUUUCCUUAUUUUCUUCCCUUCUUCCUUUCCUCCUGUUUCUCCAGUUUCCUUUAUUACCAUGGCAAAGUAUUCAUUUCAAAAAUCCUUGGAAUUUUAAGUCACUUAACCAACUUUUUUUUCCUUUGGAUUUUUUUGGUGAGGGGCGUGUAUUUUUUUGGUGAGGGGCGUGUAUUUUUUUGUUGUUGUUGUUUUGUUUUUUUAUGACAGUGUCUUGCUAUGUUUCAGGCUGGCCUCAAACUCAAGAUCCUCCCACCUCACCUUCCCAGAGUGUGCAAUUACACCUGGCUUAACCAAUUUAUUUCAGUCACACUCUCCAAACUCCAUACAAGGCCAGGUGAGGUGGGAUACAGCCCAGAAUGCCCCGGACCCUGGCCCUGCCGGGACCAGCCUUUUCAUCAGGCAGAGUGGGGAAGAGGGCUCAAGGGCCCGUGGGUGACUGGUGCUUCUCCAGUUACCAAGUCCAGAAAAGGAAAGGAGAAGGCAAAUCCGGCAGCUGCAGCCUGUCUGGUACAAUGAAGACGAGUGUCUGCCGGAGGCCUGCCCGCUCCUGCAGUCUCAGAUAAAGUAUAUGCCAUGCUUAUUGUCAUGGGUGGGGACACGUGCCACAGCAGCAGGACCCCACUUUCCUUCCUCCUUGUAUUCUACCCCUUUGCUAAGGAUUCCAUACCCCGGUCUCCUCCUUCACCCCAACUUUCAGGAUGAGCCUCUCUGUCCAUGCCCAGCCCUGUCCACAUCCUAUUUUAACUUACAGUGGCUUACAGUUCCCCAGCAGAUAUUUGAAAAGAGGAUGAAGUGAUUUACAUAAUUAAAACAAAUUGCCUGACGAGUGUGGGCAUCCACUGUUAUGGGAUAAUAGAAUGAUUUAGAUGUUGUGGGAGGCACAGGGCUGGGGAAAGCAGCUCUGCCACCCUGGAAAUGCAAUUACUGCUCCACAAAGCUUUUCUGGAGAGGCUGAGGGCCAGGGCGCAGAACAUGGCAGUUGUCUCUGGAAGAGAGCAGGAGACUGAAAUAGAAGAGUCUUCACCAACCUCCCUUCUCGACUUCAGAUGUGUGGUGCAAUUCCUGGAGCAACUGCUGGAGCCCAGGGAGACAUCUGUUGUUUCCCUGUGACUGUCCACCCAUUCAGUAGUGCGUUUUUCUCUCGACGUGUCUUCCUCUCUCUGUUCCUAUGUGUGUACCUGUAUCUGUCCUGGGUUUCUGAUGUCACAGAAGAAUGUGUCCUUAAAAACAGAUUUGAGUUGGUUGACACAUGUCUAUAAUCCUAGCACUUUGAGAGGAUGAGAUGAGGGUCCCAAGUUCAAGUCCUGACUGGCAACUUAGUGGAACCCUAUUUCAAAAAUUUUAAAAACGAAAAGAUCCGGGACUAUAGCUCAGUGUGAAGGCCAUGAGUUCAAUCCCCAGUACUGCAAAAAACCAUAAAGGAGAAAGAAAAAAAAAAGUUCACAUGUCAGAUUAAAAGACAUCAGAGGGACAUGACAAGUAGAAAACUAAGUGCAGUCUUAGACUGAACCCUGAGACACCGGAUGGGAGGAAGCAGUGCAGAGUAUUAUCAGAACAACUGGUGGCAUUAGAAUAGGGCUGUGUGUUUGGUUAGUAUUACCUCGUCGCUACAUUUCCCGACUUGGGGAAUCUGUUCUGGUAAUGCAGGAGGGCGCUAUGUCUGCGGGUGACUCUCACGUGGUUCCCAGCCCCAAAUGCACGCAUGUGGAAGGAGAAAGUGGCAAGGUUAUAAGGCACAGUAAGCAUGACCGGUAAAUCUAAGGAUGAGGCCAGGAGUUCACAUCCUUCUUUUUCCCACUUUCCUGUUAAGUUUGAAUUUCUUUCAGAAUAAGAAGCUUUUAAAAAUGACAUUAGGAAGUAAUGCUGGCCCUGUAGCACUGCCAACUAUUAAUUUCUUUAAAAAAAAAAAAAUGGAGAGGGCUAGAAAAGGAAACUAACAUGCACACACCAAAUAAUUUCUGCGUGAAGUAGGGAAGCUGAAAUUUGCAAUUAAUUAUAUCCAUAAGGAAGAUGAGCCCCUGGAUCAGCUGCAGCCCUGCUGACUGUAGCGUGCAGAGAGCAGGCCUCAGCUGGACGCAUGCAGGGUGUGGCCAGCUGGGGCCUCACCGUAAAGCUAUUACAACUGGAGAGAGGACCCUUCUUGUACACAGGAAGAGCCCAUGCUCACCUGGUGGGGUCAGGGAAGGCUUUUCGUUUAAUUUACAUGGUCUCUUUGCCUCUCAUUCCCAUAAGAAGCAAACUGAGUUGAUGAGGUUAGUCCAUGUGGAACAUCAGAUGAGAGCAGGGAAUGCAGUCUUCAAGUACUUAGCGAGCCAGACUUGCCCGCCAUGGUCCAGAGGGUCAGAGCUGGAGGCUGCAUCCACCUGCAAGCUGAGGUCUAGGGCCAGGUAGAACAGCAAGGCAGCUGAAAGCCUCAGAUGCCCCUGUUAGGUUCUGCUCAGAUGUCAGGCUCGAGGCCGCAUAGCAUAGGUACCCACCCGUGCCUCCUGUGGCCCUACGUAGUAUUUGAAAAGGUACCUGGCCAGACCUGGAUGUCUCACCUCCCCUUUCACUUCUGUUGCAGUGCUGCAAAGCAUAGAGUGGGUAGGAACCCAGGAAAGGCCCAGUCAGAUCCCUGGGAGCCAGGUGAGCAAGGGAGGCUGGCAGUGAAGAAGAAACUGGAGAGUGUGUGCCCCAUCGGGAGGUGUUUGGAAUUCAUCCCAUUGCGGCCAUGGGAAGGCAGAUGACCGAUCUUUCCAUUUGUAAAUGUUGGCAAGUUUUUUAAAAAAGUCUGAAACUGAGCAUGGCAAAGCAACACAUCUGUAGGCGAAAUCUGGCCAUGAGCUGCCAGCUGGCAGCCUCCGAUCUGAUCCAAUCCAUGCAUUUUACACAUUUGAGAAUCUUACUCCAUAAACAGCCGCUGGAUUUCAAGAGGGAGCUGGCUGUUGGAGAGGGCAGGUGACUUCCCUAAGGUCACACAGCAAGCUGACGGCAGAGGCAGGCACCUUAGCUGUAUCAGAGUGUGUCCUAACAGUGAGUGCUGCUAGACACGAAAACAAAAUACGACUAAAAGACAAAUUAAUUCCAAAUGUUAUUUUAAAAGACAAAUAAUUCCAUAAAUACCAUACCAUCCUACUUUUGCCAAAUGUUUAUAGAAGCCCCUCCUUAAAAUUUACCUAGUAGGUUUCUUCCUAACAACGAACUGUUUAGAAAUAAAUAGAUUUAAAGACGAGGUUCCAGCUGUCAGCAGCAACAGAGAAAAAAAAAACCCUCCAAUUUUUAACUGAUUUGUUUUCGAAAUAAAAUGGAUAGAUACGACUUCCUUCUGAAGCAAUGUUUUUCUUUCUUUCAUUUUUUCGUUCUUUCUUUCUUUUUCAAGACAGGAUCUCACAAUGUAGUUUCAGGCUGGCUUUGGCAACCCUUCUGCCUCAGCCUCAAAUAUUAACUCUGUUUUACUCGUUGCGGAACUGUUGGACUUCUGUAAAGCAACUGUGGUGUUUUAUAUUCCCCACACCACUGUUUUCAUCUCUCCAAAUUGUGACUGAUUUUUAAAAUUCUAGCUGUGCUGGCAGAUGAGAAGUAAUAUCCUGUUGUUGCUUUGACUUGCAUUUCUCUGAUGAUUAGUGGUGACAGCAUGUUUUCUUGUUUCUUGGUCACUUGUAUAUUUUUGGAGAAAUGUCUACUUACAUCCUUUGCCCACUAUUUAACUUGGUUGUCAUUGUAUUAAGUUUUAUGUAUUCUUUGUGUAAUCUAGAUAUAUUCUCUUAUCAGAUAGAUGACUUGCAAAUGUUUUCUUCUGUUCUAUAGUUUAUCAUCUCCUUUUGUUGAUAACAUGCCUUGGAGCCUAAAAAUAGUUUUUGAUUUUGAUGAUGAGGUUCAAUUUAUUUUCUUUAGUUGAUUGUGCUUUGGUAUCAUAAUUAGAAUCUUGCUAAAACUCAAGAUUCUAAUUACAAACAUUUAUCCCUCUUUACUUCUCAGAGUUUUUGUAGUUUUGAAUCUUUCAUUUAGGCUUUGAAUCCUUUUCAAGUUAAUGUUUGUAUGUAAUGCGAGGUAAGGGUCCAGCUUCUUCUGCAUGUGAACAUCUGGUUGUGCAUCCCACAUCUCUGAAGGAAGAGAAGGCCUGGGGUCCGUAUGGUCUGCUAAGAUUCACUUCACUGCAAUGCACCUGGAAAUCCACUGGUCAGACAGAACAGAACUGGCAGGGUCAGCUUUCUUCAGUGAUAGGAUGGCCAGUUUGGCUCUCAGAAGCUCUAGUGUACUAGCCAGAGGGUAAUCUUUUUUUUUUUUCUUUUUCUCUUUUAUUGAAACAUAGUACGUGUAUAUAUUCAUGGAAACAGUAUAAUUCGAUACAAGCACACAAUAUAUAAUAAUGAAAUCAUAAGUGUCUCCCUCUCUUCAAACAUUAAUUAUUUCUAUGUGUUGUGAACUCAUAAAAUAUAAUUCUAAAGCUCAUAAAGUGUGCUCAUGCAGUAGAUGAAAUAAUAACCAAUAUGGUGUGAUUUAAUCACCCUAAUUUAUACUUGUCUCUUUAUUUUAUUGCCCUCUCCUGGUCUUUUGGCUAAAGUAGGUUGUAAUAGAGCAGUGGUCCCCAGCCUUCCUGGGAACUAGUUUUGUGGAAAAAUUUUUCCACUCAUGGGACCCUGGGGGGCUUGGGAUGCCUCAAGCACAUUUCAUUUAUUGUGCACUUUAUUUCUAUUAUUAUUAUGUUGUAAUAUAUAAUGAAAUAAGUACACAGUUCACCAUAAUUCAGACUCAGUGGAAGCCCUGAGCUUGUUUUUCUGCUACUAGUAAUGGGAGUAAUGGGAGACAGUGAUACCUACAAUGCAUUGCUUAUGUCCAGUUUACUCUAAAAUCUUUUGGUUGCUCUCACUGCAAAGAAAAACCCUGCUUCAUAAAGACAAUGUUAGGAAUGGAGGCAGAAUUUUCAGUGCUUUUGUGGCAAUCUCAGGAUAUUUUGCCUUAACUUUAAAUUCAGAAUGUGCGGAGAUUGGAAGCUGUCUCAGACAAACUCUUAAGUGCACUGUCAUUUGCAGUUUAAAGCAUUUGGUCCUCUUCUGGCACAAAGUAAGCUCAGCUGGUUUAUUCACAAAUGGGUCAAAGAUCCGUUGCUUCCCAGUUCAGGGGUCUUUUGUGGUCAGGAAGUAAUAUUCACAUUCUUCUGAAAGUCGAGAUGGGGAUCAUGCAUCAGCUGGGCAAAAGGAGUCCCCAACUCAAUCUCUUUCAAAAGCUUUGCUAUUUGAAACAUUUCCAAAGUCUCAGUAUUUGCUGAUCACCCACAUAAUUCUAGUCUGGCUUCAAUGCAGCCACUUUAUCUGCUCACUACAAUACAGUUGUCAUUCACCCCUCCAAGAAUAGACUGAGUUCAUCGAGCAGGUUGAAUAUGUCACAUGAAUAGGCAAGGUUUAUGACCCAUUCUGUGUUACUGAAAUGUCCUGCCAAGAUGACUGUUUUUGUAAAAGAAAUCUCUGGAAUGUCUCCUAUAACUCAGAAACUUUUAAAAACCAUCUCACUACACAGAGCUGAAUGAACAGUCUUGAGUUAAAGGCAUGUAAUUAAACAUGCUUGGUAAUUUUAAUUACAUACUUCAAGAUGUUUUUAAGUUCAAUCUUUCAUCUAGUCAGCAUUGUGGGGGAUGAGAUACUGAAUGGACUCACGUCCAGAAGUGACUUCUUUGACCAGGGCAGUGAAACCAGAAAACUCUUCAGUCGUGUUAGCUGCCCUCUGUGAAUAUACUGGCAAAAAAAUAAUCAACUUAGUUUAUCUGAUAUAUAAUCAUUCAAAGACUUGCAAAGUUCUGCUGAUGUUUGUUUUUUACUCAUUUUUGCUAGGAUUAGCUGCAGACUUACCAAAACUGUCACUGAGACAAGUAUGGGAAGUAGGCACCAAUGGAAGUGGUAAAUAAAAUAAUGGAUAGUCUAUACACAGACUAAAAUAAGUGUCAGAUUAUUACUUAAAGCCUGCCACCAGCUGCAGCUGUACAAUUGAAGUAAACCAACUCACUUGCACUGUAAAGCAGACCAUCAGAUGCACCUUGUCACUUGCCACUCACUGACACAGUUUUGAUAUAAGUCUGAAAGCCAUUGAUGCAUUAUGGUCUCUGGAGGGUCAAACCCACUGCUGAUGUUAAUCUGCAUUUGCAGCUGCUCCCUGUCGCUAACGUCACUCUCUCAGCUCCACCUCAGAUAAUCAGGUAUUAGAUUCUCAUAAGAAGCACACAAUGUUAAUCCCUCCUCUACCUACUUCACAAGUGUAGUUCAGAGUCCCAUGAAAACCGAAUGCUGCUUGUGAUCUGAUAGGAGUGGAGUCCAAGUGGUAAUGUGAGGGAUAGUGGCCUGAAAUAUAGGUGUGUCUUCUCUCACUUACUCACAGCUUACCUGCUGCCAUAUAGCCCAGUUCCUGCCAGGCCAAAACCAGUAUCUGAGGACUGGGGACCUCUGUUUAGAGAACUGCGUUGUUUGUCAAAAGACAAAGAGCUGACCAAGCACAGUGGCACACACCUUGGGAAUCUUGACCUCCCUAAAAUGAGAUGGGAUUGAAAGGGAAGUAAAAUUAGAGGCUUGUGGUUAUGGUAGUCUCUGAGCCUAAGGCAAAGUCGUGCUUGGGAGACUAACUACCUCAGGUGAACCAACUUAAGACAUAAGUUUGGGGUGACGAUUUUAAAUUCCACUAGUUUCUUUAAUGCGUCUAUUAAGCAGACGUAUUUGACCUGACUACUAGGAAAUACGCAGGCCUAUACAUCAUUGGGAUGUAAUUGCAAUGGACGAAAGUCUCUCAAGUCAGUUAACAUACUGCUUGGAAAACAUUUAUAAGAGACAAUAAAUUAUCAAGACAACACUGUUAACAACCUCACAAUAAGCCAAGUUUCACCCAUGUACAUGCAGGAGCCCACCUAUUUCCUGAAAGCUAAUCAAGCUGAAGAGUGUCCCUCCUGUUCACAGGAGUGUGUCAGCAUGCAGCGAGGCUGCUAUGACCCAGGCAGUGAAAUGAGGCUGUCCAUGCCCAGGAACAAUGGUGCCUAUGUCAUCACCAGUCAAUGACCGUUUUAGUGCCUUAUACCUAGGAGGCACCUACCAAAUGCUGGCCAGUCAGCUGAGUACACUGAGCUUGAGUCUUGCAACUAAGACUGUUUCUACUGUCUCCCCCACUAGCAUUUUAGCACCUAGAAAGACCAUGUCCCGUCAAGUUCCAGAUGCUGUACUGGCAUGGAUAGAGUUAGCAUAAAGUUCUGUAUGAAAAUUCUAGAAGGUAGCAUGAUAGCAAGUGAGUCAAAUAGUCCCAUCAACUCAUAUCUGUUUUUAGCUUGGGGAAGAAGAUAGCCUCACCCCCAAGAUGCCAGCUCUUUGAGUGGGGUGCUUAGCCCCUCAUCAAGUCUAUACACUGCUUGCUUAUAAAGUAAGGGCCCAGCCUAGACUUCUUCUGCAGGAGUGUGAAAUAAUCUGGCAUUAACUUUCUCUCACCCUUUAGUGUUUCUAUCACCUAAAGCAGUUUUUCCUCCACUGCUGCAUUCAAAUUCCUAGGAUUCAAAUUCCUAACAUGGGGGGGAAAAAUCCCACAGCCCAACAAUGUUAAUGAUCAACCUUUUAUUUCUAUGGUUUGACUAUUUCAACCUCACGCCUAGCGAGUUAUUGAGACAGACUGCCUUCGUCCCAAAUAAGCUGAAAAUAAUAGACUGGUCAGAACUAGUGCAAAGAAGGCAAAUUGAUACAUGGAGUAAUUGAAACUGUGAUAAAAAGAGAAACAGUCGCCACCAAACAUGGGUCUCUCUCUUUUGUGUGCGUCCAAAUGUGUGGGUUUUUUAAAUAUCACCAGAUAAGUUUGUGAUAGUCGACAAAUGUGCAAUCUGAUCUUUCAGAAGAAUAAACAGUUCCUUGUUAAUUAAUUUAUACGGCUGUCAGUACAGCUUUCUCUGUCUUCGCACUGUAAGUGUUUCCCUGCCAUAGAUUUUCUUGCCUUCCUGGCAAACCUCCAGUGAGAGCCUGGGAUUUAUUAGACUGACUUGGUGCAAAGUCUAUUGAUUGUGGCCCCGAGGGUAAUAACUAAAUAGAACCGGAGCAACAAGUCAAUAACACCAUUGUUGCUGCAGCCUGCAUUCACUGGAGGAGUGAGAUUGUUUUACAGCAGCCGAGGGUAAUCAUGGGCAGAUCAGUGUGUUCAACACACGCUGCACCGUGUUAGUGCUGAGGACUAUUUGAAAGCUUUCAGCGGGAUCGCUGGAGAAUCGGGGUGGGGUACUGGGAUUAUGAACCCUGUGAACUCCUUCAUUACAGCUUAAAGGUUGCAACUUUAGUUUUUAACAUCUGCUGCAACCUUGGAGCUCAGGAGCAGGGCUGGUGCAAGGGAGUGCAGGCAGUGGGUCUUAGCACUAGGCAGUUUGUGUAGGUCUGUGUCCCAAACAUAAGAUGGUUAUGGGCAGAGAGAUUGUCUAACAGCUGCUGGCUGUCAUCUAUGCAUCUAUCUGACCACGUAAGGUGCUAGCUGGUGCACUCCAAAGCCCCACACACCCAGAGCACAGGCCACAUGAACCCCCUGAACAGGAGCUCUCAUUACCAGGAGAAAGCCGUAGCAUGCGUUUUCUCACUUCCAACUCUUGAGAUGCUAAGGCAGUGCAGGCUAGCACAAGCUAUUUUUUGAAGGCUUGCUUAGAAGGCUUGCUUCCACCUCUCACAGCACUGUUUCCUAAUUGGUAAAAGUUCAGUACUCACACUUGCUAUAAGUCAUGAUUGGGUUCUUAAUUACAGAAAACAAAAUCAAAGUCCUUGUCAAUGCCUGUCAUUCUUUUGCCUCUUGAAGAAUCCUUACUAUGCCUCAUGGCUGAAACCUUCCAUAGGGAACCAGAUAAUGACGAGAUAGGCCCCCAGAUGGGGCUAGUGCUAACAGGCCCCCAGCCUCCUACACCCCUUGUCUGAGGGUCUGAAUCCCUGAGGUGGGGAUGACCUUCUCCGCAGGAAGCUCCAGGACCUGUGACCCAAAGUGCGGGUACUAAAUUGAUCACCAACAAAUAAAUACCUUCUCUUUAGUGAGGGUAGUGACAGCCCCAGGACAGCCCUUUAUUACACAGAAGGUUUAUCCUUUGAAUCUUUGACACAGAAUAUUGUGGAGAAGACUGUUUCUGGGGCCAUAACGUAAAAAACAAGAUUUCUCCAGAAGCAGUUUAUCCUAAAUGUAAACCCUGCAUGGAAGAGAUACUUUUGCCAGUGGUCCUUGCUGAUUAUCACUCUCCCAUUCCAUACAUGACUUUUACCAGUCAGAGACAAACUCCUGCAGGGAGCGGACAAGCCUUCCUGGGCCAGCAUUAGGAGAGCACCGGGCUUCCCACCCAACCUGCACAGGCCUGUUUUCUGGACAUUGUGGCGUUUGUUCUCUGGCUCCUUUACCAGGCAGUACUGCAGCUAAAUUAGAUUCUGCCUGUGUUGUUAUUUAACUUCUGAAGAAGCAAACAGGUAUUAAUGAUAGCAGCUCCCACAGUUGCCUUGUCAAGCACAAGUUACCCUAGAAGCCAGUCCUUUCAGAUGUGCGGCUUGGAAUUACGAGUUAUCUGGGUAAGCACCAUGUUUCUAAUUAGUACAAGGCCCCCAUUUCUGUGUUGUUGAACUGAAGAACCACUCUGUGGCUUUAGGCAAGGCAGCCGUCUCUGAGCAGUUGCUUGGGUUCUUCCCAUUUACUAUCAUCUGUACUAGCCCUUUUCAAAUGCGGCCAUGUGAACCAGUUGUCUACAAACACCCACAAACAUUUGGGUGACCCAGUUUUGACAGAAUGCAAAUCUAUCACUUUAUUUUUAAAAGAAUAAUCCUGCAUAAGACUAAGAAUUUUUUCUGUUCUAUUUCACUGAAAGAAUCGUUGGCAAAUCCAUGGCAAACGAUAAACUCUGAAAGAUUGUUUAUUUUUAAUUAUUGCAGUCUGUGCCACCUUAAUGAAAGAUUUAGAAGCAUGACAAUUCUGCCAGGUAUCAGUCUCCCCCCCCCAAAAAUUUUUUUGCACAUUUAGUCACUACUAGUAUACAGUAUGGGAUGCCUUCUGCUGCUAGAAGACCCGGGGAGCCUUCUUAUUGGACAUUUUGUGUCUGAAUGAAGAAUUCCUGUCUGGUGUUUAUUUCAACUCUGUACACCAAACAGUCCAUAGUAUUUUCAUAUGACCUAAGAAUUGAUACACUUUGGCAGAGAAAUCUGCAGAAGUUCGAGAACCAAGUGACACAUUCUCCUGGAAGAAUAAUAAUAAUAAACUAAGUUGAUUUGUUCAAUACGUUCACAUUUGCAAUAAAGCUGUUAUUGUUUGGGUGGCUGCUUUAUCCCAACUUGAAAAGGGACAAGAUGAAAGGAAGGAGAAGUAGUGUACACAUUUGCAGUCCUUUUGGAGGGCCUUCUCAUCUCAAGAAUUCCAACAAAAUAUUUUCAAUAGUAUGCAUUUUUCUUCAUUUCAAGGGAUCAGUACCAUCUCAGAUAAAAUAAACAAGGGGACAGAGUCAAAAAUAAUAGAUCUGUGCAUAUACUAGAUGCUAAGAACUCAAAGGAGGUGGGGUGUGAGCUUGUAAAAGAUGACCACAGAGCUUAGCUUUUUAAAGGGAUUAGAUUCUAGCAUGAAGAUAAGGAUAAGCAAAGGUAAACAGUAAUAUAUUUAACUGCUACAAAUGAAACAGAUCUGUUGUAAUGUAUCUGCAUUAGAGAGAUGGUCCUUGUCUUUUCUCCUUAUGAUUUACAAAGUUGUUACAAAGUCAUAAACGCUCAUGAGACCAAAGUUAUUUUCAGUCAUUUCAUAUCACCUGGACUUAGAUUCAGAGAAUGUCCUUGAGUCUGCUAGCACAUGCUCACCUAGUAUUUUUAAACAGUGACCAUCUCAGUAAGUAUUUUCUUCAACAAUCCAAUCGGCUUCAGCAACUCCAGCCAGCGUAUGUUUUUCAUCACUGUGUGUUUUUUUUAUGUGUGUGUGUGUCCAGCAUUUCAUGAAUUAGAAUAAUCUGAAAAUAGGCAUCUGAAUGAUUACUCCCAUCAACAAGUGAGAAUGGAGACAAAGAAUUGUUUUUCAGUCUUUCUGGUUUACAGAAGCUCUCGUGCUCCCUAUGACCACAUGUGCUGUUUUGCUAAGAGUUCCCCUCCUCUUUAGAUUUCUCAUAGACUACUUUUCUAUUUAUUAUUUUUUUCCUCUCUGAAUUGCCCAUGUUAAGUGCUUGUUUCUAAACUUACUCACAGUAAGGACUUGCACAGGAUUUUGAUCACUGAAGAUUUAGGCACCAUCACGAUCUUGGUAGAAAAAGAAAUUAGCAAUUUCUUUUGUAGUUUGCUCAAGUUGUGCACAUUAUUUCAGAAUCAGACAUUUAAACCUUUGAAAACAAAAGUUAAAAUUACAUCCUUUUUUUUCCUUCACCUUGUAGAAAACAUUUCCAGUUGAGGUUUUCCAAAAAUAGCCAGUGCUUCCCAAGUUUCUCUCACAUCCGAAGUAACAGAUGAAUAGUAUGAUAUGGAUAAUCUCAUGCAAUCCUCAUGUUAACCCUGUCUAGUAUAUAUUGUUGUUCCCAUUUUAUGGAUUAGGAGACUAAGUAUCAGUGAAGGUACUGAUUUUCUCAAAGGUAUAUGGCUAAUAAAUAGAAAACAAAACCCUUACGUUGGUCCACUGUGCAGCACAAGCUGAUCUCCACUUCCUCUG